CCCGCCGAAUGCUCUCUCAGUUCUCACCCCCAUCUAUUUAUUGUAAGCUCGGAAAUCAGAUCAGAUAAGAAACUAACGUGGCAUAUUUUCAAGGCUUGGGGGAUUGCGUGGAUGUUUGGCAUGUGGCUUGCUUAUGACAUUUCGGGUGCACACAUGAACCCAGCUGUUUCAAUUUCUUUAUCAUUGUUCCGCAAGUUUCCCGGGCGCUUGUGCGUCAUCUACGUGUUUGUGCAAUUAAUUGCGGCCAUCGUGGCAGGGGCAUUAGCCUUUGGUAUCUACAAGGACACGAUUCGCCAUAUUAACCCUACAAUGACCAACACAGCUAAGACGUUCUUCUCGAGUCCGCAGGAAUGGGUUUCAAUGGGAACGGCCUGCUUCGACCAGGUGGUGGGCAGUGCUAUAAUGAUGAUAGCGGUUUGUGCACUGUCCGAUCUUCGUAAUCGUGAGCACGGUAUUAACAUAGUUGCUUGGGCUAUUGUGCACAAGUUUGAAGUUUGCCUUGGGCGUGGCGAGGAGGUUUGGGAGACAGGGUGGUGGCUCUUCGGGCCGUGGCUUUCCACUGUGGGGGGAUCUAUCAUCGGGUGCAUCGUUUACGAUAUAUUUGUUUUUGUUGGAGCGGAGAGCCCUAUUAAUUGGCACGUGCCGGAUUAUAUUAAGAAGCGAGCAAGAAGAAUGACAAGGACGGAGACUGAGAAGUGAGGGUGGAUAUAUAGAUUAGUUGAGUAUGAGUAGCGGUUGGUAUUUUAUUGAUAGCGUUGGUAACUAUUU